UAGUUUCUGCCCCAGUGUUGAGAAGCGUGGGUCCUACACGAAAAGAAGCGAACAACAACAGAAAGCGGCGACUUGAACGUGAACCUGACUCAUGUCGGACCCCGGGAUCCCCCCGCCCUCAUGGCAGCCUCCGAACGUCACCAUGGAGACCAGUAUGGGUACCAUAGUUGUAGAGCUGUACUGGCUGCACGCACCCAGAACCUGCUGCAACUUCGCUGAGCUGGCUCGGAGGGGGUACUACAGCGGUGUCAAGUUUCACAGGAUCAUCAAGGGCUUCAUGAUCCAGGGGGGAGACCCCACAGCUACAGGUCGCGGCGGUGCGUCGAUCUACGGAGCCCAGUUCGAGGACGAGAUAACCUCUGACCUGAAGCACACGGGCGCGGGAAUCCUGUCCAUGGCGAACAGCGGCCCGAACUCGAACGGUUCGCAGUUCUUCGUCACGCUGGCGCCCACGCAGUGGCUCGACGGCAAGCACACCAUAUUUGGGCGUGUGUGCCAGGGGAUGGGCGUGGUUAAGAAGGUCGGGAUGGUCGAAACCGGAAAUAACGACCGGCCGGUGGACGAUAUCAAAAUAGUUAAAGCUUACCCCUCACAAUGAUGCCAUCUACGACAAAAUGUAGGGAAUUUCUUAGUGUGACUUUUUGUUGGUCACUUUUUGUAUGUAUGAACACAAGACAGGACUGAUGACAUAGUUAAACCAAUGAUGUACAUUCCAAAUUUUCAUCGUAAUCAUAAGGAAUAAACCUGAGACUACUUUAACGA